AUGGAUUCCAAUACCUCUUCGACACCAGUCGCGCGUUCAAUCAACGACGAGAAGCCAGCGGAGCCGACCCUUGGCACUCUCGGGAAUGCAGCGGAACCGGAGAAGCCUCCGCGCGACAUCUCUGGCUGGAAAUGGUACCUGACUGUAGUGUCUAUCCUGUUCUCCACCUUUCUCUACGCACUUGACGCUACGGUUGUCGCGGACCUCCAGUCUGUCAUUGUCGAGGAAUUCGGCGGCAUCCAGCAGCUGUCGUGGCUGAGUGUUGGCUUCCUGCUCUGCGCUACAGUAACCACUCUUUUUUGGGGACGCAUCUACGGCCAAUUCGAUGCCAAGUGGCUCUACAUUUUCCAUGUUGCGAUCUUCGAGAUUGGCUCCGCCAUCUGCGGCGCUGCGCCGUCGAUGAACGUGAUGAUUCUCGGCCGUGCCAUUACGGGCUUAGGAGGAUCUGGUCUGUACGUCGGCUGCAUGACGCUUAUUGCGAGCACUACCACCAUGUCUGAACGUCCGGUCUACGUUUCUGGCACCGGCUUUACCUGGGGUCUCGGCAUCGUCCUGGGCCCAGUCAUCGGAGGUGCCUUCAGCGAGUCUGCUGUGGGAUGGCGAUGGGCGUUCUAUAUCAACCUACUCAUCGGCGCGGCGUGCGCUCCAGUCUACCUGUUCCUCAUUCCCAGCAAGGAUCCUCGGCCCGGUGUCUCGUUCCGCUCGCGAAUUACCGACAUGGACUAUCCAGGCACUAUACUGCAGGCCGGCGCGCUGACAACUUUCAUUGUUGCCAUCAACAUGGGUGGUAUCUCGUAUCCGUGGGACUCAGGCCGGGUUAUCGCACUGUUUGUCGUAUCCGGUGUUCUGUUCAUCAUUCUGGGCAUACAACAGUAUUGGAACAUACUCACAACGGAAGCGCGUCGCAUCAUCCCUGUGCAGUUCUUCCGAUCACGGAUGGUGCUCAUUCUCUUCAGUAUCACCGCUGCCGGUGGAGCGUGCUCUUUUGUGCCCAUCUACAUGGUCCCAAUCUUUUUCCAGUUUACCCAGGGCGACGGUCCCCUCGAUGCCGGAGUGCGGUUACUCCCUUAUAUCGUCGUCAUGGUCGUUACCGUCUUCAUCAAUGGUGGCUUGAUGUCCAAGUUGGGAUACGUCAUGCCUUGGUUCCUUGGUGGUGGCGCCCUGGUCGUGAUCGGCUCCGCCCUCAUGUACACAAUCGAUCUGGACACUGCUACGGCUCGCGUGUACGGCUUCACAAUCCUGAUGGGUGUUGGAGUCGGUAUGUUCCUCCAGGCGCCAUUUUCAGUUGCCCAGGCAGUCGUCGAGCUUGAAAAUAUUGCGCCAGCGAUCAGCUUCAUCACUCUGGCUCAGUCUGUGGGCAUCACCUUUGCUCUAGCCAUCGCCAACGCUAUCCUUCUCAACCAAAGCCAGAACAGAAUCGAGGGCAUUUUGACUGACGUCUCUUCGGCCGAUAUCCAGGCCGCUAUCCUCGGUGCUCGAUCGGAUAUCGUACAAAACCUAUCCCCAGAGUUGAAGACUCGCGUUCUUGCUGCCAUUGUCAGUGCCAUCAGCAAGACCUACAGCCUUACUAUUGCCGGUGGCGCUCUUGUCCUGGUCUUGAGCAUCUUCAUGCCUCGCAAGCGACUCUUCCAGAAGAAUGCUGAUAGCACUGCUCCCUAA